AUGACCGCCCCGGGCCCGGACGCAUCGCAACUGACAAAGUGGGAGGACGCCUUCCAGCACCCGAUCCCCGCUGUGCGCGCCCUCGAGCGCCAGCUGCAGACGGAGCUCGCGGCGAAUAAGGAGAAGCUGAGGGGGCUGGUUGGAGAGAGCUACCGAGACCUUCUCCGCACGGCCGAGCGAAUCGUCGAGAUGGACCGCGACGCGCAGCAGGUUGAGAGCUGUCUGGCAGAGACGUCGCGCACGUGCAGCUCCCGCCUGCUGGAGCGGAAGGCGCGCAAUUUGAGGAUGUUUGAGGAGCGGGUUGGCGCUGAGGAUAGGGAGAAGUAUGUGUUUGCGGCGCAGCUGGCGGUGCUGGGGAGCUGUCCGAGCGUGGUGAGUAGGCUGCUGCAGAGGGAUGAGAAUGGAGAGAAUUGUCUGCUGGCGACGAAGGUGUUUGUGGUGCUGAGGCUGCUGCUGAAGAGUUUGUUGUUGAAGGGCCCCUCAGUCCCGCUCCUCGAAUCACUAAAACACCAACGCACAACCCUCACCGCCCACCUCACCACCCACAUCGACCACCACCUCAGCACCCCCACCGCCCCGCACCUCACCACAGUCCUCACCUCCUACUCCCUCCUCAAGACCUCCCCCCCCUCCGACGUCCUCCGCCACUUCCUGCACAUCCGCUCCUCCGCCAUCAGCACCCUCCUGCACACCGCCGAGCGCACGCCCAACGCCGCCCUCGCCGCAAUGGCGCUCUACAACCACACGCUCGCCCACGCCGACGCACACUUCCCAAAGCGCCUCAGCGACGCCCUCAUCCUGCUCAAGUCGCGCCCCCUGGAGGAGUUGGAGGGUGUGGGGGCGCUGGAAGACUCGACCAGCCUCUGGGACCCCGUCCUGCUCACCAUCCCGCUCACGUCCGGCGGCGCGCUCUUCAAAGAAAGCGUGCAGUCGCGCGUGCACGGCAAAGACAGCGCCAUAAAGUCCUUCCGCGCCACCUACGACGCCUUCCUCGCCGACAUUGCCGCCACAACCGCCAUCCUGCACUCCUUGCGCAGCUCGCCCUCCCAAACCACCACCACCGGAACAGGCACAGACGACGCCGACGACGACUUUGAGGCCGAAGAGCAGCGCGCACAGGAGGCGCUCGAGGACUCGCUGAUUGCCGAGACGGAGCUGCGCACCGCCCUCGACGCUGCAUACCGCGCGCUUGAAGCUGCGCUUGACCGCCUUGUCGACUCUGCUACUACUACCUCUCCUACCUCCUCCACUGCCACCCGCCGCACCACCUUCCUCCUCCGCACCAUCCGGCAAAUCCGGCAGCACCCCACACCGCAACUACCCCUCCCCUGGUUCUGCAGCGCGCAGCUACCACGGCUGCACACCGCCGUCGCCGCACACGUGGGGCGCGGCCCGCUGGACACGGUGGCGACGCUGCUGCGGCGGCGGAGAUGGAGCGGCGUGCUGGCGUCGCGCGCGCUGUGGGAGGGGGCGCCGGCGCUGCCGGUGCAGCCGAGCCCGCUGGUGUUUAAGUUUCUGCUGGACCUGGUGCAGGCGAUGCAUGUGGCGGGGGAUGACGUGUGGACGCCGGCGGCGGCGGAGGAGAAGCAGGUGGUGGGGGAGGAGGCAACAAACGAAGACGCCCGCGUGAUCGGCAGAGACUGGGCCGUGCAACUACUCUUUGACGCACUGUACCUGGACGAGGCCCUGCAGCGCAAGGGCGCCAACGCCAGGAACUCUGGCAUCUUGAGUCUUGCGGGCAAGAUUGAAGCUACGGUGGGCAUACGGCUGGGCUUCGACGAAGAGCUGCGGCGGCGCCUCGAGGGCUGCGCGAGGGAGUAUUGGAAGAGGACUUGUUUGCUGUUUGGGCUGCUUUCGUAG